AUGUACUAGACUGAAACUAAGUCAUCCCUUUAUGCAUCGAAAUUAAUAUAAUAAACAAAUUAUUCAGCUCUAUCAUCAUUACCCAAAACAUAUAUUAGAUAAGUAUAAGCAGAAGGUAAGAUAGAUUUAAUUAAUCGUUUAGGGGAAAUAUUUAUGGCAGCUCCAUAAAAAUGUGCAAAUAUAUGGAAAGAGUUUAGAAGAAAUGAUUUUACAUAAGUUUAAAUACCAUAUAAGACAGCUAUUUAAGUUUUUGAUGCUUGUAAAGAAGACUUUUAAAUGAUGUUAAAGAUUUCUAGUGGAAAGGAUUUCUUUGAUUUGUUUGAUUAAGACAAUGAUGGGUAAUGGGAUCAUGUUAUACUUUAGAUUUCUGAAUGAAGAUGAGUAAAUAUUAGUAUUUAGCAUCAUAAAAGAAAAAAUGCAAUAAGUUGCAAAUCUAUUGUUAUAAAUAUAAUAAUAUGUUCCUUUCAAAUAAUUGAUGAAAGCAAUAAGAACAUUAGAAUAAAAUAUUCGUGAAUAUUAAGAUAUUCUUAGAUAAAAGAUUUAUAAAGCUGAAGUUUCAACAUAUAAAGAGAUAGGAUUAGAAAAAUUGGAUGAUUUUUAUGAGAAAUACUAUAAUUAUUUCUAAUAAUUUGAGAAUCAGAAAAAAAUAAAAAUGUAUAGAAUAUAUUUAUUAUUUUGUUUAGAUAAAUACAGAUAUAGAAAUAAUAAGAAGAAAUGGGUUAAUUGGAAGAUAAAUUGUCAAAAAACACAGAGUUUUUAAAAGUAAAACCUAAAAGAAAACUAAAAGAUUUAUAAACAUAAGAAAAACUAGUAUCAUUAGAUGAAAGAGUAGAAGAAGCUAUGGAUUUUCGUAGAGAAUUAAAAAACAUGGAAAAAAAAGAAUAAGAAAGAGUAGCUUCAGAGUAAGAAAAAAGAAUAGAAAGUUAAAAGGAUGAAUUAUAACGUAAACAUUAAAAGUAAAUGGAAUAACUUAAAGCUAAAUUAAUAGAAUAAGAACAUAAACUAAUUAUAUAAUUAAAAAAGGAUUAUAAUGUUCUAUUAAAGUAAAUAGGUUUACAUAGUAAUGAGAUAGAGAGAAUAUAAUCUUCUGCAACUCAAAAUGCUAUUAAGAAAGGAGAAAAAGAAGGAGAACUUAAAAGAAUGAAAGAGAGAGCUAGAAUAUAAAACUUUAUUAUUGGAGAGACUAAAAGAACUAUGACACCUAAAAUUUAAUAAUAAAAUACUUCAACUUAUGAAGAAUCCAUUAGUUAAUCUCCAAGAUCUCCAGCAGUAGUUACUAAAAAUGAUAGAGCUGCUCAUGAAAUUAAACUCUUGAUCCAUAAAUAAAAUUACACUUAAUUUUACAUUAAAAAAAAAUAUGGAGCUGUAUUAAUGUUAAGAUGACAUUAAUUUAGGAUCUACCAGUCAACUAUAAACCAGAGCCAUAUAAAGUAUAAGGUGAUAAUCAUGAUAGAAUUGAAAAGAUUUUAUCUGUAAAAAAAAAGAAUCCUCAUGAUAUAUUACCCUCAUUAACUGAAUUGUAUGAUGAAAAUCUUAAAGAAUAAGUAUUUAUUAAAUUGAUUUAAAAUAGGAUAAAGGCAGUACUUAAAAAUCAGAAUAAGAAUUAACAUAAGAAAGAUUAAAAAAGAAAUAAUUUAUUUUAGAAAAACUAGAAGAAUCAACUCAUUGA